AUGCCGUCCCCUUAUUAUAUUCUUUCUCUCGCUCUUUCUCGCUCUCUACCCUUCGUAACAUUGUUCUUUUUCUCUUUCUCUUUUUCUUUCUCUCUCUUCAAGUCCACUUCUCUUCACGCUGACAUUUCUAAUUACAUUUCUCACAUUUCAGUUUUUCUUUCUUUUUUCUUUCUUUCAUCAGUCUUUCAUGUAACCUUACACUCCUCUCUCUCUCCUUCUCUCUCCCUUUAUCUCUCUCUCUCUCUAUCGCACACACACACAUACACACACACACACACGCCCUCUCGCUUACUCUAUUUUCGCCCAUUUAUGUGUGUACUCUCUUUUCCUUCCUUCUCUUUCCUGUUUAUUUUCUCUCGUUUUUUCUCUGUUUACUCUUCCAUGUUCUCUAUAUCUCUUAUUCUCUCUCCCCUUCCUCUCCCCUUCCUCUCCCCUUCCUAUCCCCUUCCUCUCUCUCUCUCUCUCUCUCUCUCUCUCUCUUUUCAUCCAUUUAUGUUUCUGUACUCUAUUUUCCUUCCUUCUUUUUCCUGUCUAUUUUCUCUCAUUUUUUUCUCUCAUUUAACACUUACGUUCUCUCUAUCUCUCUCAUUCUCUCUCUCUCUCUCUCUUACACGCACACACACGCAAUACCUUUCUAUUUGA